AUGCGGGUCUUUCAGUGUUCGUGGCCCUCGUGCAACAAGGAUUUUGUGCGAAAAGCUGAUCUCGCUCGGCAUUUCCAAAUCCACGUCGAUAAGCGGCCUUACGCCUGUUCUGAGCCAGGAUGUUCGAAGAGGUUCCAUCAGCGUUCAUCGCUGAAUAUACAUCAGCGGAUUCACACGGGCGAGAGACCAUAUCUUUGCGAAUUCAACACUUGCCAGAGAACAUUUAGCGACCCAUCAAGCUAUUCCCGACACCAACGGUCACACAGGAACGACAGGCCAUUCGUUUGUGGUAUGCCGCACUGCCAACAGAAGUACGCCCGUAAAGGAUCCUUAGAACAACACCGUCUCCAACACGAAGAGCGGGACAUUGCAUUGGAACAACAGCAGCGCCGAGAAGCCCUAGCUCUCGAUCUAUCCGCAUACAGCACGAGUUUAUCCCUCACGGUCCCUCCAUCGACACCCUCACCUACGUACCUCAACGGCGAACCUAUCGUCUGGGACGCCCUCCCCUGCGACGACAUAGACACGAUACUAGCACGCCUCACACAACCAGCACACCCGAAUUCAUAUCUUAUGCCUGGUCACAUGACGCCCAACCAGAGUCAGAUCGGGAUCCACCAGCUCGAUCAGCAAUAUAUCGAUCUGUCUGGACUGGCCGCCCAUCAACCCGUCCAGCAGCCGUUUCACGACUGGCAGUUACCCCCCGCUGCGUCUAAACCGAAUCGGAGCUUCCCAAACUACCACAUCGACGAUAGCUUCAUAGCAUAUAAUGACAACAGCUGGCUUUAA